AUUUGCAGAAAUGUAAACGUUGAACCUUUUGGCGUUAUAUUCCAAGAUUCGGGGAGAGGUAGCGUUAAUUGUUUAGGGAUGCGAUUAAGAAGAGGUCAGAUUAAGCACCUUAAAAGACAGUUGGUUAUGGUUAGGAUGAAUGUUAUUUUCAGAUUAAAGUAAGAGGAAAUACAUAUCUACGUUGAAACGUAUGUUACUUCACUUUCCCUAGAAUCUACUCGCGCAUCUUGGAAUCUAACGUUAACAACAUUGUGAAAUUCUGCUUGCUGACGAGCCUCUGCCAGCUGCUUGCCUUCUGGUUCACAUUUUAGUCAGUGCAUUACUUCUGCCAGGUAUUUCCUCACGGUACCAAGACAGGUUUUUGAAACUGAAACUGAAGCUGUAGGAGUACUUUUGAAUUACAAGGUGGUAUGGGUCGUAGCUAUAUUGUAGAAGAUGCUGUGGAGGGAUAUCUGUGUAAAUUAUGUGAGCAACAAACAAGUCCAGUCACAGGAUUACUUAUUGGACAGAGCUCAACCCAAAGAGAUUUUGUCCUCAUGGCAACUCGGACGCCCCAAAAGGAGGGGUCUACUGCAGGAACUGCAAACUGCAUGGACAAGGAGUGGGUUGCUGAGCAUGCCCGGCAGGUGUCCAGGAUGCUGCCUGGAGGCCUGUCUAUAUUAGGAGUAUUCAUCAUCAAUGAUAAUGAUGGCAAGGACACAAUAGCCAUACUACGGCAGCUGGUUUUUGUGGUGGAGAAACUGAUUUCCACGGAGCAUCUAUGGACCCCAGCAGAUGAUGACGUCACAGACUAUGUCACACUGCAAAUCAACGCCAAAACCAAAAAAAUCAUCUGCAAAACCUUUGAUAUCAAAGACCCUAAGAGCACGGCCAAACCUGCAGACUGGAAGUACCAGUCAGGUGUGUGUUCCAACUGGACUACGGAGCUGAAUAAACCUUUGUACUUUAGUAGAACUGACUUAUGUCACUCUUUGUUUCAGGAGGAACUCAAAGUUUGGGCACAGCAGAUUAAGAGUGGAGUUUGUCUGACCGAAGGAAAAAGGCUGCCAGAGGACACAGAGCUAACAGCAGGACAGAAGAGGAAUGUGAGGCAGACGUACACAUGUCAGCUGCUCAUCACACCAGAUGAAGAGAGGCUAACAGAUGUGGUCCAGCAAUGCGGAGGCAGUGUGUCAGUCAGAGGAGCAAUCCACAGCAGAGCUUACCUGCCCAGCAACAAACUCAAGGCCAAGUUUGCUGAGAAGAUGCUAAAGAGGGAUGUGGUUUCAACAGUGUCCACAAGGGUUCAGAUGCUUGUGGAGGAGCUGCUGGCCUCAGAGGAAGAGAGCCAGGGAAGAAGAGAUGAACGUCAGACAGAGCAUUUCUGCCUCCCACGCCGUGUUUUUUGUCCUGUAAAAGCAUCCAGCCCAGUGUGCGUGUGUGACUACCAGUUUAGUGAUGAGGGCCUGUCUGAGGUGACUGACAGGCUGAAGGAGAUGCUGGACAUCACCGCAGCUGAGGAUGACUUAGACACCAGACAGGAAAUGACUGCUGAAGUCAUAGCAAGUGAUAUUACAGCAGAGCUCAGUGUGGAGCCAGGUGAACAGCUGGAAUCCUCAAGAAACAACUACACUGGUGUUGCCAUAGCUACUGCUGUCGCCCUGCUUGCCACUGCCGCCUCAAUGCUCUAUCUCACUGACAUGUGACACAGACACAUGCACUAAAAUAAAGUUUUGUUUUGAACAUUUCUGGCAAGUGUCUGUUGGUUGAAUAAGAAAUCCAUAAUGAAAUUUCUAUUGUAGAUAUGGUGUCAAAUGUGCACAUCUGCACUCACCAAGAACAAAUCUGUAUGAACACUGUCUGAAGUGAGAAACGUGAGACAAAGGAAGAAUAAGAGAGGGAUGGACAGACACUGCUGCAGAGGUAAAGACUGAACAGUUCCCUCUGGAGCUCACUGUUUAUCUGUUCAUUAAAAAUACUAUUGGCUAUUUUCUGUUGCUAUUUACUGUACCUGUAGAUGUAAUACAGUUUUAUAUUCCACCCUGCCAAAACUGCACUGCUCCAGGCCCUUCAUCCAAGUGUGGAUUGCAGAGAAACAACCUUGCAUGCGAUAACUAUUGUUAAAUGUCCUACACCACAAAAAAGUAUGUAGAGAGGUGACUUUACAUUGACCUCUCAGGUCCAAGACAAUGGAGUCUGUCUAGUGCCUUGUAAUUUGAGUAUGACAGAGGGGAUGUAAGGCAUUGUGUGUAAAGCAGUGUCUAUAUACAUCAGUAGCAAUGUUAUAAAGAGUGAAUGCUCAUGCCAAACUUUGCUCUUUGCCUGGAGAGAUCACUGAUUUCUGUACACUCUGAGGCCAUUCAUAAAAGUUUAUAAUUAAACAACACAAAAGACAGAACGUGUGUUCUUGAGUUUAUUGUAUUAAUUUCAAUAACACCUCCUAAUGUUUGCUUUGUGUGGGUGAUGUAAAACCCGAUUCCAAAAAAGUUG